UGUGAGAGAGAGAGAGAGAGAGAGAGAGAGAGAGAGGCAGAGGAGUGAAGCCUCAUUCUCCUCCUUUCUUCCUUUCAGGGGACGCACAUCACUUGUGAAAAACAGCGCUUGAGAUCCAGAAGUUUUUUUUUAAUGUCUGUCUUCUCGGCUCCGCUCAGCUCUCCCUUGAUUUUACUCCCUCAUUCCCGGUUUCGUUUUUAAUCCUCAUCCCCACUUUCUCUCUUUUUUUUUUUUCCCGGGCUCGAGGAUCCAGUCUGGUUGUACCGGCUAACACUGGGCGUAGCUGGAGAGGAUUUUGCUAGCUCGCCGCUGCACGGACUGAAAAACCUUUACUGUCUCCAGAACGCAUCUUGAUCUGUGGCCAUCCUGUGCAACUUAACUCAGUCAGCCCUGCCUUGCAGUGACGGACCACAACCAUUUAAAGGGAGAUGAAGCCGGAUGGGGUUGCCACGGCAGCACUGGAGCCAAUGGAAACAUUGGAAUCCAAUCCAGUAAAUGAGGCAGGACCAGCUGGGGACCAGGAGCCAAAUCAGGCAGCCAAUGCAGUGGAAGAGAUGAUGCCACAGCAUCCAGAUGGAGACGGAGGUCAGGAAAAACCACAGGCAGACCAGGCAAAGGAAACCCCAGCUGCAAAGACCAACAACAAGACCUCAGGAGACUCCAAAGCCAAGAGUACCAACAAGACCAUGACCAAGACGAAACCCAGCAACACCACUCAAACCAAGGCCACAUCGGGCUCACGACCCAACACAUCGCAGAGCCGCGUCGCAAAUGGUGUGUCUAAACCUCAGACCAACGGUGUUGCUAAGAAGACCACGUCUGCAGCGGACAAAAAGAGUACCCCGACCUCAGCUUCGUCCAAAAAACCAACAGGGACGGCCGGUGCCCCAGCCUCCAAGACUCCUGGUAAAGUGGCUGAGAAGAAAGCCACAGGGGCCACCAAUGGUGCAAAGUCAGUGACCGGAACGACAACAGCCAAAAAGACACCAUCCACAAAUGCUAAUGGUGUCAAAUCCAAUACCACUGCAGCAGCUGCUAAAAAGCCCCCAGCUCCCAAGCCUGCCUCUGCAUCUUCCACCAAGCCCAGCUCUGUUGCUUCACCCAAACCUGAUAAGCCACCUGUUUCCAAGACAACCAGGCCUACAACCGGCACAGCGCCGACACCUCGUCCUACCACGGGCUCAUCUCGGCCACCCACUGGCAGCAACGCCAAGAGCUCCCCAGCUACAGCCAAACCUGCCACUCCUAAAACUCCCUCUGCCGCUGCCAAGACGGCUACCCCCAAACCAACCUCCACUACCCCCUCUGGUGGCAAACCUCCAGCAUCUCAAACAUCCAAAAACACAACCCCUGUGAAAAAAGAUGUCACCAAACCAUCCACGCCAGCAGCCAAAAAGCCUGCAGACUCUCCCCUUACUCGCCCUUCUACAACGAAGUCAGCAAAACCUGAGACCCCCAAGUCAGCUUCAAAAGCAGAGGUCACUGCCAAAAAGCCUGCUACUAACAAGGCAGCAGACACAAAGACACCCAACCGCUCCAAAACACAAGAGAGUAAGCCUACACCUUCUAAGGAUGCCUCCAAAACUCCUGGCUCCAAAGCAGCUCCAACCAAGACCUCCAGCCCCAAGAAAACUGUGGGAAGCAGCACACCAACUCCUGUUAAACGUGGCCCUAAAGCUGCAACAGCCACUGAACCUGAAAAGGAAGUUGCUGCAGCUGUAGCUGCUGCAGCUGUAGCUGCUACAGCGGCAGUUGCUGCAGCUGUUGUUGCCGGGCCAGAACAACCAGAACCUCCUACAGAAGUAGCCGUGGAGCCAUCUGCUGCAACUCUUGAAGCAGUACAAGAAAUAUCAGCAGAGCCCACAUCAGAACCAGUACCAGUCUCUGCACCAGUGGUUGAAUCAAUUUGUGAACCAAAACCAGAGCCCAUACGGGAACCCACACCAGAACCUGCACGAGAACCCACACCAGAGCCUGUAUGGGAACGCACACCAGAACCUGUACAGGAACCCACACCAGAACCUAUAAGAGAACCCACACCAGAGCCUGUAAGGGAACCUACACCAGAACCCGUACGGGAACCUACACCAGAACCUAUAAGAGAACCAACACCAGAGCCUGUAAGGGAACCAACACCAGAACCAGUAAGAAAACCGACACCAGAGCCCGUAAGGGAACCAACACCAGAACCCGUAAGGGAACCAACACCUGAACCUUUGCAAGAACCAACACCAGAACCUGUAGAACUAAGUUCACAUCAAGUAGAAGAAACAUACCCUGAAGCCUCUGCAGAUCUACUGUCCCAGCCAUCAGCAGAGGCAGAACUAGGAGUUGAACUAGCUCAUGAACCAACCUUUGGUGUUCAGCUCCCGCCCCAGAUGGACCCUUUCAAAUUUGAGGAGCCUGCCAACGAAACCCUGGGUACUACUGUGAUGUCUCCUCCAUGUUCCCCACAAGGUCCUGCUUCUCCUGUCAGAGGUGAACACAAUGCCUCCUCUUUGCUGGAUAUGGAUGUGCAGUCUGAUCCCUGGGACAGGAACCAGAGCCCAAACAGUAUGAUGAGAGAAGAGGAAAAGGACCAACAGUUUGAGGCUCAGCAGACACGGGUGGAGGAAGAGGAGGAGGAGGAGCAGGUGGAAGAAGAGAAGGAAAACUUGUUUAUGCAUACCUCCACAGCUCCAGAGGCCUUUCAUAAUACAGUGCAACCUCACUUAUUGGGUGACUCACCUCUGGAUGAUUUCACCCCCAGAGAGCUGAUCUCCUCUCAUGAGAAGGAGGAGGCAGUGGAAAAGGCUGAUGAGGAGAUCAACGAGGAUGACGAUGAGGAGGAUGAUGAUGAUGAUGAGGAACAGAGGCGACUGGGCCAUCAGCCUUCAUCCUUGAUCACUGACAUGAGCACGUCUCAGCUCUCUGACGAGUUCCAAGCACGCUCCUCAGCCUUUGGAGGUUCAGCAGGGUGGCACGGUGAUGACUUGCUGUCUGGGAUGGACUCUGAGGAUGUGAGCAGCUGCACCAGCAGUCGGCAGCAGGGGGUCUCCGACCUCAGUAGUACCCAGCAUACUGCCAUAUUAGAGGGCACCCAGAGUUCAGACGCCUUGGUUGACACUAGCCUCCGUGGUUCUGAGGGAGAUGGUAACCUCAUGGGUUCUCCCAACGUGGAAACCCUAGCCAAUGAGGAAGAGGACGAGGAUGAUGAGGAUGAGCGGGUGGAUGAUAUGGAUUUGAGCUCUGAGAGGGCAGAUGAACAUAAAGUGUUCCAGGAGCAAGGGCAAGAGGAGGAAGAAGAUGAAGAUGUAGAGAUGCACAGUGAAGGAGUGACUGAGAGCUGUGAGAAUGAAGAAUACUUUACUGAGGAGGCGCAUUUAGAUAACCUCAAUCGUUCUGGUCCUGCGCCCUCCAUCCCUGCAUCUUCAUGGAGCCAGACCAACCCCUUCUGUGAUACCUGGGCUCAACCAGCCUCGUUGCUCUCCGUCUCCUCCCCCAGCCCUGUGUCUGACCACGGAGCUGCCGAGUCUGAGACGCCCACCCAGUCCCCUGCCCAAGCGUGUUUGGACAUCAGUGCCCCAUCCUUUGCUCCUCAGACAGAGCAGGAGACCCAGCACCAUCAGUCAUCUUAUGAGGAGAUGAAGGGCUCGGCUCCUGAAGAGGCUCCCACCCUACUUGCUGCCCCAGCUGUAGGCAUGUCCCAGUCCAGCACUCUGAGUGGAACAGCUCUUGCAGCCCACAGCAGCAGUGAGACAAGCACACCAGAGGAACUCCGUGACUACGACAGCAGCUCUGGAAUUGAGUCCCGUUCUGACAAACAGCAGACCCCAGUGCCUGCUGCAGUCCAGCCUGACAUGGAGCAGGACCUCGGUAUUCACUUAGAAAAAGGUGAUGGAGAAGAGGAGGAAGCUGAGACACUCCCUGCUGACGAGGUCCUAGGCACAGGACCCCCAACUGCUCCGGCAUCCGCCCCUUCUUCCCCCUCCACCUCAGGAGAUGAGGCCAGCGACACAGAAGGGGAGAUGCAAAUAAACGACCCAGAAGCACCGAUGAUGAUGGGUGAAAGUGCUGGAUUUGAAAGUCCUCCUCCCACAUCUAGCCUGCCUGCUCUCGAGGAGGAUGAAGAGGCUGGUGACACACCAGCCGGAGAGGGUGAGGAGGAUGGGGGUGGGGCCACCCCUCAGUCAGCCAAUUCUGUAGCUUCUUAUGGCUUUGACUGCACCACAUCCAACUCCAACGCCCACUCCAUGGCUGAGAGCUGCGGGAAGAGCCCUGGAAUCUUCUCCCUGGAGAACGAGGAGCAGCUCCCAGAGGAGGCCAAGGACCCCUCCCUCAUCAAGGAGCUGACGCUGCCCUCGGCUUCCGCUGCUGCCCAUGCAGAGGACCUGCUGGGCAGACCUGUGGACCUGAUGCCUUUGGUCCACCCGGAGGACAGCCAUCCCAGUUUAGAUGACCACCACUACAUGCUGGGAGGGAAGAUCGCAGCAGACCAGCUGGAGGAGGUCAAUCCAAUCGGGGACGAGGAAUCUGGAGACACCGAUGACAACCAGGCGCUCUACUACUCUACCAUAUCUGAUAAGACUGAUAGUUUUCUGGCAGGUAACGUAUAAGUCCCACCUAUUACCCCCGGAAUGCACCUUUUCCCUGCAACCCUCCCCCUUUACCUGUUUUUUUUUUCUCCAAUUGGAUUAGAUGGUUAGAAAAAAAAAAAAGGCGAGCAAGAUUGUAGGAAAAAAAAUUAAAAAGUGAUCAAAGGAGAAGGAAAAAAAAAAUGACUGUAGCGAUUUUUAAAUGAAGCCUCCCUGUUUCACGGUUAUGGGUGUAUGGCUUAAACUCCUCUACUACCAGUUUCUAGUAGGAUGUUCUUUUUAAGUAACACUGCUUACUCUGUAGCCCCUGAUGGGGUAUUGACUGAUUGGUCCGACGUGACUGAGCUUUUAAACCGAAAAAGAAAAGAAAAAAAAACACACAGACGGAAUAAAAUGGACUCAUUGUGUAUUUAUCCUACUGUUUUUACCGAACAAAUGUCAAUGACUUUUUUUUUUGUUGUUGUUUUGUAUUUGCUUAUUUGUUGGAUUUUUUUUUGUUUGUUUGUUGUUUUUUUGUUUCUGUUAAAACCUGGUCCUCCCUUCCCUGUGUACACACGCUCCCAUGUUCAACAGCACCAUAGCUAUAGUCGCUUAUUAAAGGUUUGUGUUCUGCUUUCCAGACUGUUAGCUAUCAAAAUAAAAGCUAGGUAUUAACGAG